AUGAUACUGAACAAGACCCAUUUCCAAAAAGUUCGUCGUAUUAUUACGCGUGCAUUUUUACUUGGUUUUUUAUUUAUUCUUUGCAUUACUUUUAAUAUGCCUUGGAGUUAUCCUUCAAAUACAAUGGUUGUCCUUUUUAAUGCGCAAAGAAGGUUUUGGCCUCCAUGGCCGUUGCUUUGUCAUAGUCAUAAUGCCACUCAUUCCCUCACCUCUUUGCCUCGUGUUCGGCACGCAUUCACUCCUAUUCUUAUUUGUGGAUGGUCAGUCUUUUUAGCAGUCUGCCCAACAGUUCAAUCCCCUUCUCAAUUUGCCUUGCGCGACAUGCAUGUCCAUUCAAAUUCAGUACCCGUCCCCUACAGAAAAGUCAGUGCGGAGCACUUGCCUGUAGUUGCCUGUUUCAGUCCUCUUUUCUUUAAUGAAAGGUGGCAAUUAAUUAUUCCAACGUUGGAAAUUUAUCGACAAUAUGGGGUGUCAUUACAAGUAUAUUAUAUUCAAAGCAUGUUAGUCGAAAUUCUCGAUUUUAUGAGGAUUUAUGAAAAUGAAAAAAUUAUAAGAAUAGAAGCAUGGACAAAGUUUAAUAUAUCUAUGCCUGUUGAUAGCUCUUUUAAACCUUUAGAUUAUGACCCUAAUGCUGAGUUGGAAUGGAGGUGUUUUUAUUCAAAUAUUAAAUGGUUUUAUGAAUCAUUUUAA